AUGAAGAGAAGUUUUGAUGAAGCCUUGUUGGGUGAUUGCAAUCACCAACCCAACAACAGCCACACCACCACCACCACCGACCAUCCUACCACCACCACCACCACCAACACGACGACGACAACUGCUCACAACGUCCAAGAAGGUCAUCAUCAUCACCAUGGGUUGUCCUCUUCCCCAUCAUCAUCAACCACCACCACCACAGUUGAAACAACAACAACCCUAGAUCCGAACACUUCUGCUACUCACCAACCGCAUCAAGCCUUUUCCGAUCCCUAUCAUCGGAUCACGCCACUCAUGAUGAGUGCAACAACAGGAACUCAUCAACCACCAACACCCUCCUCAUCAGCCUCUCCAAUGAACCAACCACCACCACCUCAAUCACAUCAUCCAGCACACUCUCAACAACACUCUUCUUCCAGCACACUUCAUCGAUUAGCCAUUCAUAAUGCCACCAUGAACACAGUAGUUCAGAGUCAGGCCAUUCAACGAUCUUCAGGAAAUGCACAUUCCAAUAGUGACCAUUUGUUGACUCAACCACCACCUCUUCUUGGAUCCUCUCAGUUGUUGACGCAUUCUCCUCCUUCAAAGAAAUUAAAACUUACUUCACCAAGUAAUCAAACUCAACCCUCGUCGUCGUCAUCUCCCUCACCUAUUCAUGGCUCAUCUCAACAAUCUCUACCUCCAAAUUUACCAAAUCUUUUACCAAAUUUAAUGGGCAAUCAUUUACCACCUUUGAGUAAUUUCUUAUUUACACCUCCACCUUUUUUACAGGCUGUGAGUCGAUCACGAUCGAAUUCUUCAUCUUCGACAAAUUCAACACAAAAUUCUUCUCAACCACCCACCAUGAUGAAUCAACAGAGGAAUAGAUCUAAUUCAGCAGCAACUACAUCAGCAGCAGUGACAAGUAAUUUAUCAUCUCUCCCUCCUCAGAACAUAACGAACCCUUCUUCUCUUGUUAAUAACAAUCCUUCAUCCAGUUCAAUGCCUCAAAAAAAUCAUCCUUCUCAUCUUCACUAUCCACAUCAAUCUCAACAACCAGUCAUUGGGCAACAACAAACACCAGUAUUAUCUACUCAUGGUCUUUCUUCAAAUCAAGACCAAAAUGCAAGAAGUCAAAAAUUAAAAGAGACCUGGGUAGAAGUUUACAAAAGCUUAAAAAAACUGGAGGCGUUUGUCAGUCAAAAAACAACACAAUCAUGUACAAAGCCUUGGGAAAAUAACGAACAUGUUACAUUGUUUACUACCAUUUAUGAUUUAUGCAUUUUACCUGAUUCUGUUUAUUAUGAAGAUCAACUCUAUAUUCUCUAUUCUAUUUAUAUUAAGAAAUAUUUACAAACGACCAUUGUGCCAUGUUUGAAAGACAAACACUCUGAAGAUUUGUUAAAUGAAAUUGUUUUUAUUUGGGGAAAUUUUAGAGAUAUAUUUGUGAGAUUUUGUUCCUAUAUUUUUAAAUAUUUGGAUCAAUUUUAUGUCGUUUCUAAUUCAAAACGAACAUUGAAAAGUGAAGCUUUUUAUUCAUUCAAGACAGUGGUUUUUGAUGGAAUGAAAAAUACAUUGAGACAAAUUGUUUUAGAUAAGAUUGAUCAAGAUCGAAAAAAUUUCCAUUCUGAUGCCUCCUUUUAUUUGUCACAACGACAUUUAUUGAGACAAACUCUUGAAUUAUUCAUUGAAUUGGAUCAUUCAAAUUUUGUACCAGUUCCAGAUGGAACUCAUUCCAUUCCUUCUCAUCAGCAGCAACACCAACUGCAAACACGUGAAAGUAGCAACCACAACAACUCGAGUACUCCAAUUGUGACCCCUGUGAACGCCUCUUUUACAAAUACGACUAGUUUGGCCAGCACCACACCGUUGUUCUCAUCCUCCUCUACAUUAGCAUCCUCUUCUUCCUCUCCUCCUACAUGUCCCAAUGCCCAUCAUUGUGAAGAAUAUGUGGAAGAUUUUGAAAAAUUUGCUGAAAAAGAAACGAGAGAAUUCUAUCAUAAAAUUGCAGAAGAUUGGAUUGAGAAAUAUAAUCUUACAGAAUAUUUAUUAAGAGCUGAAGAUUGUAUUCAACAAGAACAAUCAAGAAUUAAUGCAAUAUUCCCAACACACUUUUCACAAAAUAAGCUCAUGAAAAUUGUGGAUAUGGAAUUAUUGAAAAAUAAGGAACAACGUUUAUUAGAAAUGUCUGGUUCAGGUGUGAAAAUUUUAAUCAGAGAUGAAAAGAUUGAAGAUUUAAAAAGAUUGUAUCGACUGAUGAAUCGAGUUGAAGGAGGAUUGGAACCUGUUGCUGAACUCUUUAAGGAGCAUUUGAUUUUUGUUGGAAACGAUUUGUUUAGCAAGUAUGAGAGAGCAACUUCUGAAAUGAUUAAAGGAAUACAACCGAAUGCAAGUGGUGUACCAUGCACUGUUGUGGAUUCUACGAGUGCAAAUAGUAGAAUGAGUGGUGGUGGUGGUGGAAUGAGUGACACCUGUAAUGAUACUUUGAGUGCUAGUAGUAGUAGUGGUAGUAGUUGCGAAUCAUCGAUCAUUUCAAAUGAAGUGUAUACCAAAUGUGUGAGAUUCUUGAUCGAAUGCUAUGUCAUUGAAUUGAUGGAAUUACACAAAAAGAUGAAAAAUAUUGUGAAUGGACCAUUUUGUAGAAAUGUCAUCUUUCACAAAGCUAUGUCCGAAGGUUUCAAACAAUUUGUGAAUAAGAAUAUUUCACUUGGUCAAUUUGAAAUUCGGGUGGUUCAACUAUUUGCAUACUAUACAGAUGACAUUUUGAGAAAAAAGACAGAUGAUAAUUUAGAUUCAAUUGUUGAUUUUAUUCAAUUCUUCUCGGAUAGAGAUAUUUUCAUUGAAGAAUAUAGAAAGUUGUUUGCUGUUCGACUUCUCGUUACAGAUUAUCAAGAAUUGGAGGAACGAAUGAUGAUUUCAAAGCUAAAAUAUCAUUACAGAGGAAUGGCAGAUAUUUACAAGCUAGAGAAAAUGCUUACUGAUAAAACUAUGGCCAAUGACAUGAGACAAGACUUUCAAAAUUAUAUCACAACACAUAAUAUACAGCUUCCCUAUGAAGUGAAUGUCACUGUGUUGACGAUGGGAAUGUGGCCUUUAAAAGCCAAAGAACAUAUGAAACUUCCAAACGAGAUUGCUGAAUCACAGACACUCUUUAAACGAUUUUAUGAUGACAGAAAUAGACUGAGAGUGUUAAAAUGGGUAUAUUCAAAGAGUAUGGUACAAUUACUAGCUCACUAUGCGAAAGGAAAUCAUUUAUUGGAAUUGUCCACUCUGCAAGCAUCGAUACUCUUAUUGUUCAAUGAACAUUCUUCAUUGACAGUGAAAAAAAUAGAAGAAAUGACUGGUUUGACUUAUGAUCAUUCGACUACAUCCCAAACACAACAACAAGCUGAACAUCAAACAAGCACUGACGUCAAACCGUUGGCAAAUUCUUCCGAAUCACAAUCUUCUUCAUCGUAUUCAUCCGAUAUUGAUUUGAAACAAGCGAUUGCAUCACUUACUACCGAGAAACUACCUCUUCUUAUUGCUACUAGUACUCCUAAUGCAAACAAUAGUGGUAGUAGUAGCAGCACUCCUAGUAACAGUAGUGGAACAUCUGCUGCCAUGACACUCACCAUCAAUGAGGCAUUUCAUAAUCGACUUUACAAAAUUAAGGUACCUCUUCCCAGAGUCACUCAAAAAGAUAUUCAGAACACACAAGCAUCUGUAUCCACAGAUCGUACCUAUAUUUUAGAGGCAUGUGUGGUUCGAGUGAUGAAAACAAGAAAGACCAUGAACAUUCAGAGUCUAUUUAACGAGGUUGUGACACAACUCAUUCCAAUUUUCACACCAGAUGUCAAACAAAUCAAAAAGAGAAUUGAGUCAUUAAUUGAAAGAGAUUUUUUAAAACGAGAUGAAGUUAAUAACACACUAAUACACUAUGUUGCUUAA